CUGGAAAACGCCUUGCUGUCUCACCUGUCUCAUCCACUGUUGGCGCCAUGCUCAGCGGUCCAACGUCCGCCCUCAGAGCCCCCAGCUGCCUUCAACGGCCCGGCCGCGCCGCGACCCGGCGCCGCGACGGGGCGCCCCGCAGCGCGUGGUGCGGAUCGCGCGUGGUGCAGACUGCGCUGGUGGCGUCACUCGGCCAACGUGCCGUUUCGAGAUCCCGGACACGGAGAUGUCGAAGGGCUCCCGACUUCGAACGGUUCUGCGACCAUCUGCUGGGCACAUGGAGAGGUUGGUCCUCCCCGUGGUUGUCUCCCGAUUCGCUGGCAAAGGGGUCUGGUCAUGGGUCCUUCCGUUGCCCUUGGACCCGGGACGACACGAAGGUCACUCCCAUCGCGCGGAACUGCGCGGCCUGCGCCGGGGUGGUCCAGGGCUGUCGCGAUCGCGACCGGCACUUGGACCGCGACGGGCGCGGCUUCGUCUUCUUCGACUGCGGUUCCUGGACGCUGGAGGAGCCAACAGAGGUGGUCACCGCGCUGCAGAGGCGAAGCCAACGACAGGUGCUGUCCUGCCGCUUCACCUCCAGCGGUGAGGUGUCGGAGCUCCAGUGGACGCUCCAAGAGCAGCUCGACGAGUUCCGCCGCGGCGCGCCGCUCGACGAGAUGGCGCCAGAGCCGCCAGCAGAAGUGCUGCAGGGAACACGGCGAUGGCUCCAGGAGAUCUCCUCCUGGAAGGGCUCAGCGCUUCAGUCCACCGCCAGCGGCCGCUCCGCCGUCUUCGUCUCCACGCGCCUGGCCUGGCGAUCGACGGCCUCGGAGGAGUUAAUGAAGCUCUGGCGAGGCGCUUUGGAGUUCGACUUCCCAACGGCUUUCCUGGCCGUGAAGCACUUUGCAGAUCCCAGCGCUGGCUUUUGGCUCUUGGCCGGUGAUGUUCAAAGCUCUACGGCCAAGAUCAUUGGGCGCAAGUAUCUCCUCCCAGACGCCACACGUCCAGAUGGACCGACUUUGGUCUCAGUGGCCUUGCUUGACUUGAGCCCAGAGGAGCAAGAGAGCAAAAGCGCGGAGGGCCAGCGGAUGAUGGACAGAGGAUAGGUGUCUUUCGUGUUUGCCCAAGUUUGGGGGUGACGUGGCCCUCGCAGUGAAAGAGCCACGGAUUGGCAAGAUCCCUGACAAGCCAGUGGUGAAAGGAGCAAAG